UUUUGCUGUGGACCUCUGAGCUGCAGACCAGGGUAGUGAGUCUGGAGCAGCGGCACCGAGACGCGCAGCUCUCCGCCUGGAUGUUUUCUCUGGAACAGGUUGAGCCCGUUAUCCUGGGCCGACUGGACCAGAUCCUGGAUGAGAAGCUUGCAGCGAGAAUACCAAAGACAAGGGAGUCAAGGGAAGCUCCCCACAGCUGCCUGUGUCCUCCAGGGCGCAACAGGCGAGCCAGGACUGUCCAUCAUUGGUCCAAGAGGACCUCCGGGGCAACCUGGGACAAGAGGAUUCCCAGGCUUUCCAGGUCCAAUUGGGUUGGAUGGCAAGUCUGGACAGAAAGGACAGAGGGGAGACAUGGGGGAUCCUGGACCCAAAGGGGAGAAGGGCGUAUGUGGAGACUACACACACCGGGGUCCCUUUGUGCAGAAUCUCCCUCUGAAAUCCCUGGCUGCCUUGCGCUCCAGUCAGGCUGUGAUGUUGAAGAUGUUGCCCAUCACCGUACGCAACAUGCCCUCAAUAAGCCCUCUAAUCCUAAAACGCCUCAAGCAGGGUGAGCCUGGAGCGCAAGGACUCCCGGGACCUCCAGGACCGCCUGGACUCCCAGGGACCCCAGGCAUUAAUGGAGCUAGUGGCCCAAUGGGUAAGCCUGGUGAACCAGGCAAACCCGGAAAAGACCCACGGCUUCUACCGGGACUUAAGGGGGAGCAAGGUGUGCCAGGACAAAAGGGGGAUCAAGGUGAUGUUGGCCCACUAGGUCCUGAAGGCGUGAAGGGAGUUAAGGGGGACCAAGGAAUUAAGGGACAUGAAGGAAAAAGGGGUGUCCUAGGAGAGAGGGGAGAGAAGGGCCAGGUUGGUCUCCCAGGUACCCCUGGCAUCCCAGGCAAGAGAGGCUACAGGGGUGACAAGGGACAACCAAGCUUUGCAGGCCAGGGAAUUAAAGGAGAACCAGGCUCACCAGGACGGCCAGGCCUAAUUGGAAUCAAGGGUGACACUGGAGAUAAAGGAGAGAAGGGGGAUGCCGGCCUUGAAGGCCCAGUGGGACCAAGAGGUCCUCUAGGCCCAGCUGGUGAGCCAGGAAAGACUGACAUCGAAAACAAUGACAAUGAUAUUCGCAACAUACCCCUGAUGGGCCCCCCUGGAUUACCUGGACCUUCAGGGGCCCCUGGGCUCCCUGGUACCAAGGGUGAAGUUGGUCUACCAGGUCCUCCGGGACUGGACGGAGAGAAGGGGCCAAGGGGGAAGUCUGGAGAGCCCGGUCCUGCAGGCCCAGCUGGUCCCGAAGGUCCUAGGGGCGUGGAUGGUGUUAUAGGCUUCUCUGGGCCAAAAGGAGACAAGGGAGACAUGGGUUCAUCUGGAUCACCUGGUUUAGAUGGCCCUACAGGUGAAAAGGGGGCUACAGGGGCCCCUGGCCUUAAUGGAUUACCUGGCUCAAUGGGUCAAAAAGGUCAACCUGGCGAAGGAGGAAGGUCAGAAAUGAUCUAUGGACCUCCAGGGCCUCCAGGAAGUCCAGGACCAGUUGGCCCAGCAGGAGAACCAGGAUUAGGCAUGAGAGGAGAAAAGGGAGCGUCUGGUCAGAAGGGCGACAAGGGCGACAGAGGCCAUCUUGGACUUCCUGGGGCUCAUGGGUUAGACGGCAGACCGGGUCGAGUGGGUCUAAUAGGACCAUCAGGUCUAUCAGGGCCAGCAGGACCAAAGGGGGAGAGAGGUGAAACUGGAAAUGCUGGAUUGUCAGGACCAAUUGGGCCUCAAGGCAUCCCCGGUUUAGUUGGACCACAAGGACUCAAAGGGAACCGGGGAGAGAGGGGCAAGAAAGGCAACAGGGGGGCCAAAGGGGAUAAGGGAGACCAAGGAGCACCUGGAUUAGAUGCCCCCUGUCCGUUGGGUUUCCGAGGCUUUAAAGGGGAGAAAGGUGAACCGGGCUUGCCAGGCCUGGAUGGGCUGGAUGCCCCUUGUCCUGUGGGAGAUGAUGGCUUACCUGUACCAGGAUGUUGGAACAAAGGUCAGCAUCCUUUUCAACUGGCAAAGAAGUAGGGCCGCAAGAGAGUCUUCAUUACCCUACAAGUUAUUAUCUAAACCUGGAGUUGGCAUAUCAAUGUUUUUUCCAGUAGGCUGGACACAGGGCCAGUAUCACUUGAGGAUCGGGUAGCCGUGGUGAGCACAUGAAUUAAUAAGGCUGAAAAUUUCACAGAUCUUUCGGCUGUCGUUGAAGGCCCUCGCCGAUCACAGCCACAGGGAGAUAUUGCAACUACUGAUGUGUUUCUUCAAAUACAUACACUUUGAUCUAUUAAACUCUUUUUUGAUAGCAAGGCAUGGACACUUUACGACCUGCUAUUUGUUGUGUUUGAUGGGACAUCAAAACUGUGACUGUUAUAGAAUACUGGGCAGCUCACAUGCAGUUAGAUGCCACCUAUUUCCGAGAAAAAGACCCUCUUGAUGAUUCCUUUCCAGAUAUUAUCUAAAUAUCUGACCUUUCAAAAAAACCUUUACAAGCAGCUAUGGCAUUUUGUUUAAAAUAUUAUGCUGUAAAUAGCAGCAUCAGACAACAUGCCUGGUCACAUAUAUUGUGUUAUUUCUUUAUGUGUUUAUUGAGGUGCUUAAAGACACCAGGAUUUAAUGCUAUAAUUGUAAAAAGUAUUGUAUGUAUAAAAGUUCAGUCUUUGUAAAUAGAUGCAUUGAAGAAACACGAUUUCCAGAUUAUGCAUAGAAGGGCAAUAUUCAUAUGCUGAUUCUGUAAAAGGCAUUUAUUAAAGUAAUUAUUUUAGCUAUUCUCACAUAUUUAUGCCCAGCAUCACAUGCAAUCAAAUAUAUUGCAUGCCAAUAGUAUUUAUUCUUAAAUUUGAAUAUACACAUUUCUACUUAGUAAAAAAGAACACCACAGUCACAUCUAAAUAGCUGCAACAGCAUAUACAGAUAAUCUAAAGAGCGCCCUUUGUCAGUGUGUCACACUUUCCUGUUUCAUUUGUUUAAAAUACAAAAUACAGAAGCAUUCCUCAGGGUUAGGGGUCAUUGUGACAGCAGCCUUGCAAACAGACCUGUUUUUUAUUUUUGUUUUUUGUUGUCUUUGUCUUUCAAGUUUUUGAGUUCAGGUGGGUAUUGCACGAAACCAGGAUAAGGAUUAAGCCGGGUUAUUCAGGUUGCCCUGGAUGAAACUGCGCAGUCGGGAGUGAACAAUUGUAAACUGACUAUAAAUUGCCCAUUCACCGGUGUUUCUUCCUGCACCAUGAUGCCCACUUCUAAACGACGUGUUGGAUGAAGAAGCGCUGAUAUUAAGACGUGCUUUCAGACGGAAGAGGGUGUUUGGGGACAGAUCAGACCCUUUAGCUCAGUGUUUCUCAGUGUUUCUCAACUGGUGGGUCGCGACCCACCUAGUGGGACCCACUAGUGGGACCCGUUUGUAGUGGGUCGCGGGCCUUUGCAUGAAAAAAAAAAAAAAAUGUCAUCCUGUGAUUUUAUUUUGAAGGGACUUUCUCUAAUGCAGCGGAGUGUCGUUUUUUUUCCGGCUCGUCCGUCCAUGCUUUCAGUCAGCGCGGCAAUUAGAACGCGAAACCACCCCCCCGUCGACAACGCUAGCGCCACCUCCCCCCGUUGACCGAUCGAUUUGGGUCGCGGAUUGUCAUAAAGGGGUGAUGGUGGGUCCCGGGGCCAAACCAGUUGACCAGUUUUUUUUCUAAUAUGCUUCACUUCCUCAUACGUAUCAUUAGAAGCUGCUGAUCUGUGGAUGAGAAAUAUGCUGUGCGCGGCAUAUUCUACAUUUCUGCAUCAGUAAAUCUGUGAUCGAUACUGUGGUCUACUUAAGAAAGCCGUGGACGUGCACUUAUCCGAGAUAUGUGCUCCUGGAUCAACUUAGCGCCUCCUUCUCAGCGUGACUCGGCAAACGUGCAACCGAUUAAGCCGCGAUGAGCAGGUCACACUAAGUUAAGCGCCGCUUUAUCACUUAGCCCGGAUUUCUUCAUUCUACUUUGGUGCAAUACCCCUCUGGAGUAUUGUGUUAAAUCAGCUGCCGCUCUGAUCCGAAACAAACGUGUUUAACAGUUAUUCCGUUGGCUUCUGAAUGUGUUCUGAUUUAUUUCUAUUAACAUGCAUUACUUGCCACACAUGAUGCCCAUAUUUGAACAACGUUUUGCAUGAAGAAGCACUGAUAUUAAGACGUGCAUUUAUACGUGAGAGGGUAUUUCGGGACAGAUCAGACCAGCGCGAAGUCAUGCUCUCACCAUCCCACAGAUGGUCUGAGCGGCAUGUUUUUAUAUGUCGAAACUGUCAAUAAUGGCACUUUUUGCCAUACUGUCAAAAGUGUGUGUUUGGCACUGAAGUCCUUGGCACACAUAUUUAUUACCUUCCCCGGCUAAAAAAUAAUGUGUUACAUCAAAGAGCAUUUCCACAAGACACAUAUGCCCGUAUAAAUGGGUGAUUGUUUUUGAUGUACAGUACUGGAUGUUCCCUCUGCUCACCUUUAAGGCAAAGUAGGGUAAAUAAUAACAUUUUAUUUAUAUAAUGCUUUACAUGUUAAGCUGCUCAAAUACACUUUACAGUAAAACCAGCACAUUUAGCACAUGAACACCGAUACAACAAUAAAACCAAAACAUAAAACAAUCAUAUUAAAAGCAAUUAAAACAGUCUACAACUUUCCUAGUAAGUAGCUAUUUUAAAAUCCCUUCCAUUCACUCGGUCCACAAUUGUCUGCCAGGCUUUUUCUCUGUUUAAUUACAGCUGCCUUUUGUACUUUUUUUUGCAUAUUAUAUGCUUCACCUCCUCAUAAGUUUCCAUAAUUAUUUGCUGCUCAGCGGGUGAAAAAUAUGCUGCGCCGCAUAUUCUCCAUUUCUGCGUCAGUAAAUCUGUGAUUGAUACUGUGAUCUUGAAAGCCGUGGACAUGCACUUAUCCCAGCUAUGUACACCUGGAUUGAUUUAGCUCCCCCUUCUCAUCCUGGCUCGGCAAACAUGCAACCGAUUAAGCCGCGAUGAGCGGAUCACACUUAGUCAAGCUGCGCUUUUUUACUUAUCUUGGAUUUCUUUAUUCUACUUUUGUGCAAUACCCCUCCGGAGUUUGAAAUGGAAAUAUAUCCAAUGCAGUUCCAUUUUUUCAAAAACUAUACCAUGAGUGGAGAAAGUAUUUAUGUUCAUAUUUAAAUAUUAUUUAAAGAAAUAACCUUAACAGAGCUUCCUGUAAUUAUUGAAUCAUUUUCACUUUACUAAAACACUUUACAAUAGAAAAGGUAAAGAGGGCUGAAAGUACUGCAACUUCAGGAAUCCUGAAGCCUGAAACUUCUUGUCUUUGAGGUGGAUAGUAUUACUGAUUUUACAAAACGUUUAUUUUGUUUCCGUUUAUAUGUUCUCAAGUUGCAAUGCCCCAAGCUUUCAAAAGGAUAACCAUAUUUUAUAAUGAAUAGCAUCAGAUUUUAUUAAAACAUUUCAAUUGUAAUUCUAUUAUCAUUUCAAUAGAAACUUCUCAAUCAGGCAAUGUGGGAAGGAACCAUAGCAAAAUUAGGGAUGAUAUCUUGAAUUUGUAUUGCUGGAAAAACUAAUUUUGUCUGUAUUAAACUGCAUAUAUCCUUUUUGCACAUACAACACUGUAUUCUCUGUAUCAAGAAAGCAAGUUGUUAUUUAUCUUUUACAAACUUGGUUUUCUCUUUUGUAGAGUUAGAGACAAGGCAGACAAGGCCUUCGUGCAUGAAUUACGAUUUCAUGCACGAUUACGCAAGUAUGUAAUAAUGUAUUUUUUAAUGAAUAUAGAGAACCCAAACAGACCUGGGGAAGAACAUGCAAACCCCCCACAGAAACGUAGUCAGGCCUCUCCUGUAUAAAUAUUCACCAGAAUGUAGCAGAGGAGUACAUACGAGAUCAAAUGCUGCCAUUGUGUCAUUUUUCAGAUCAUUCAUUAAAACAUACAUUAUUAUUAUUAUGAAUAAAGAGUCAAAAAAACAGGCUGCUAAAACCUUAGUUUCAUUAGGCCCUUACCAGUAGAAAACACCAGACGUUUUUGAAACAUUGUACUAAUUACAAAAACAUAGUCCUGGUUAGGUCUUUAUUUUUAUAUAUUGGAACACUUCAAAGUUCAUUCUUAAACUAUAUUAUUUAGAUCACAUUGUGUAUUUACAUUUGGAAAGUACAAUCAAGCAGAAAAAUUUGGCCUUGUUUAUUUUGAACAAAGUAGAAAUCUUGGUUUAUAAUUUGUGUUGCUUUGAAAUUCUGUACUCGUCAGAUUCAAAUAAUUCUCAGAAUGUUUGAGAGGGCAUUAUAUACAUUUCGCAUGCAAUUGAUUUAAGUUACAAGUUUCCUAUAUUAGUAACGGAACAUUAGAUACACUGGGCAUUUGAUGUUUUUUUUCAAAUGAUGUAUGAUGUACGUUUGUUUUCCAAGAUUGUGACAUCCAACCACAGUUGAGGUAUUGAGUUUAAUCAAAAUCCUUAGUUAGUUAGUUAUUUCAGGGUCAAAACUGAAUGUUGGUGAAGGUGAUUAAAUAUUUUUUUGGUUUUCUCAAAUUAUUUUAUUUGUAUUUAUUUCUAUUAUUUAUGUCCAAUAAAUGGCAGCUGUCUACACCGAUUGCCAAACACAUUCACUGCUCAGUACAACUUUUUGGUAAUUUGUCAUUGACUCAGAAUAAAGAAUCCAAUUUUU